AUGCAGAAUAUAACUUUCAACCGGUGCUACCUACCUAUCUAUCUAUCUAUCUAUAAAUCCCAGUUUCUUCAUUAUCUAUCUAUCUAUCUAUCUAUCUAUCUAUCUAUGUAUCUAUCUAUCUCAGUUUGUUCAUUAUCUAUCUAUCUAUCUAUCUAUCUCAUUCAUUAUCUAUCUAUCUAUCGAUCGAUCUAUCUAUCUAUCUAUCUAUACCAGUUUAUUCAUUAUCUAUCUAUCUAUCUAUUUCAGUUUGUUCAUUAUCUAUCUAUCUAUCUAUCUAUCUAUCUAUCUAUCUAUCCCAGUUUGUUCAUUAUCUAUAUAUCUAUCCCAGUUUCUUUAUCUAUCUAUCUAUCUAUCUAUCUAUCUAUCUAUCUAUCUAUCUAUCUCAGUUUGUUCAUUAUCUAUCUAUCUAUCUAUCUAUCUAUCUAUCUAUCUAUCCAAGUUUCUUUAUUAUCUAUCUAUCUAUCAAUCUAUCUAUCGAUCUAUCUCAGUUUGUUCAUUAUCUAUCUAUCUAUCUAUCUCUUCCAGUUUGUUUAUUAUCUAUCUAUCUAUCUAUCUAUCUAUCUAUUUAUCUAUCUAUCUAUCUCAGUUUGUUCAUUAUCUAUCUAUCUAUCUAUCUAUCUAUCUAUUUCAGUUUGUUCAUUAUUUAUCUAUCUAUCUAUCUAUCUAUCUAUGUAUUUCAGUUUGUUCAGUUUGUUCAUUAUCUAUCUAUCUAUCUAUCUAUCUAUCUAUCUAUCUAUCUAUUUGUUCAUUAUCUAUCUAUCUCUCUAUCUAUCUCAGUUUCUUCAUUAUCUAUCUAUCUAUCUAUCUAUCUAUCUAUCUAUCUCUUCCAGUCUGUUCAUUAUCUAUCUGCGUGAUCUAAAGGCUCGCUCUUGUGCUGUCCAGCUAGAAAUGUCUUUCUUUACCGCUAGUCGACUCUUCUUUUUCUUCGAAUCAUCCUCUCACCUCCAAAUACUCACUCGAUUUGCUUUAGUGCAUAUACAUCACCUUCAUCCGAUCCGAAGUUUUUUAAUAUCUAUCUAUCUAUCUAUCUAUCUAUCUAUCUAUCUAUCUGUCUGUCAGUUAAAUACCGUUACAACACUAUCUAUCUAUCUAUCUAUCUAUUCAGUCUAA